CAGUUGGUCUCCUCAGUCACACAAAACAGAUUAUUUUUAUUAGAUAUUAUUAAUUUUGUUGAACUGGAUCAGACGUCUAUUUUUAAAUAAAUCCCUACAGCUAGACUCUAAGAAUAGUGGCGUCUGCUUCUUUUUUUGUGUCAGUGGUCAUUGCACAGUGUCCACACCGGUGAAAGACAGAAUCAAAUAUUUGAAGGACAAGAAAUAAUGUAGACGAAUAUACAAACCAGCCCGACAGUGUUGGUAACGCUAACCAACUAGUAAUGUGAGUAUUUAAAAUUAAGGGGCUGAGAAAAUCGCUGUUCAGCAGAAAUGCGUCUGGUAGUUUUACAGUUCCUGGCUGGAUUUUUUGGAGCUCUAAGCUCAAUGUUCCUCCUGGGAUCACUUGGGUCUGAUUACUGGCUUAUGGCGUCUGAAUCUUGUGAAGACGCUGCUCUUUUCAAAUCCUGGAGAGUCACAAAGGAUAUCUCUGAAGAACAAGCAGACAGCAGCAAUCCAGCUGAAAACACGCUUCUGUUCUACCAUGAAGGUCUUUUCUGGAGAUGUUCCUACCAUAGGGGUUCAAGUGGAGAGCAGGGCGGCAUACUGGCUUUUUUGAUAACCAAUCAACCUUCCCAGAAGGUCUGCGUGCCAGCCUACAUGUCCCGUGCUCCAGUGUCUGGAUUUCCCAACAGUGUUCUAACCUCAGACUCGGCCACAGUGCAAAGGGCCUUUUGGUGUGUUAUAUUUGUGCUGGGAGUCGUCUUGAUUAUCACCGGUGGGUUCGUCACAAUUUGUGCAACCCCAGGGACCAGCCACCGCCUUUAUGAGACCGGAGGUGCUCUCUUUAUAACCGGGGGUAUCUUGAUCAUGUCUGUGGUGGUGCUGUUCGCUGUGUGGGUGCAGAUGUCAGACUCUUUAGAGCGGUACGGCCUCCAGCGCAGACGCUUGCUGUGCCCCGGUCUGCAGCUCAGUGUGCACUAUGGCCCGUCUUUUAUGCUGGCUCCCACUGCUGCCUUCCUCUGUCUGCUCACUGGUCUGAUUCUCUUAUUCAUCCCAUCAGUCAGCAAAGCACCAGCCAGAGACACAGAGAAUCAGCCAUUCUCAUUACGAGAGGAAAGUGUGUAGAGUACAUAUAUAUGACAACGAUACAGUGUUUAAAGUAAUUUUUACUCCCCUGAAUGUGUAUAGCUUCCUGCUUUCCUCAUAAUACAACAAAAGCACAUUUAGAUAUUUUACAUAAGAGUAUAAGUGAAUCUAAUUUUGAUCAAAUUUUCAAUAAAAAAAUAUGAAAUGUACCCGGGGGCCACAAGGGGGUGCUAGAGGGCUAAUAGAAAUGAUUUCAUAAAUAUCGGCGAUAAUUUCAUCAGAUGUGUUACACUUGUUAAUAUCACUAUUUUAAAUAGCUUUUAAAAGUGUUUUUUUUUCUACUUGUUUUAUUCUAUUUACAGUCACAGCUCUGAAAAGCUCCUUAGUAACCAUUCACACACAGUUUCACAAAAGAGCAAAGCGUUCCGCUAAACUUUUACUUUUGCGGAAAAGAGAAACAAAAUGUGACAACGGAAUCAUUAUUAUUUUUUAAGAAAGUAAAAAAGUCAUAAUCAGAUACAGAUGUAUAGUUUAAUUAAGCACUACAACUACAAACGGCCCAACCACUAGUUCUCAUUAUUAAUGCCUUUGUACGUUUUUUGGUAAUAUUUUUUUUCAAGUCUAAUUAUUUUCUUUCCUUUUUUCCUUGGCUCCAGAUUUUUUUAAAUGCUUUCUUCUUUUUCUUCUUUUUACUGCAGAAAUGUCAUUGAAUUGAACUAAAUAUAAUUCAUAAUAAAAAACUAAAAUCAAUCAUGGUAAAUUAUGAGAUUCCAGUUUGCAGUAAAACCUGGUAAAACUUAUUAGCAGUAAGCAACUACUAAUAAAACACUGUGUGUGUGUGUGUGUGUGUGUGUGUGUGUGUGUGUGUGUGUGUGUGUGAUUAAAACAAAAAUCUAAUGUCUGAUAGACAUGUCUAUUCGUGUAAACAGGACUUUAAACAGCCUGAAUAAAAUCUGAUUUAACAAUAUUCAUAACACUUUACUCCUGUGCCCUAAACAAUGUACUGACAUGAAUGACAAAAUACUAAAUGAAAAUGCUAUAGUGCUUUUGAUUUGAAUUUGUGCAAAGUUCAAAUAUACCUACUUGCAUUUAAA